AAAAAAAACUAUUUAAAUAUUAUUCGAUAUUUUAUGUUUUUGAUAAAUUAGUGUUGUGAUGGAAAUUGUCCACCAUGUCAAACAGUUUGCGGUAAAACAUUGAAUUGUCGUAAUCAUAAAUGUCUUAGUGAAUGUCAUCGUGGUCAGUGCUAUCCAUGUUCACAUAAAGCUGAUGUAACAUGUGCAUGUGGACAAACAUCGAUCACUGUUCCAUGUGGUUGUGAAAAACAAACUCGAAAACCACGUUGUAAUAAAUUAUGUUUAAAACCAUCGGAUUGUCAUCAUACUCAACAAGAACCACAUUCAUGUCAUUUUGGUGAAUGUCCACAGUGUAAACAAAUAUGUAAUUUAUCAUUAAAAGAUUGUUCACAUAUGUGUUCAGCAAUAUGUCAUGAUUCGGUAUUCGUUAAAGAAGAAAUGAAUUCAACAAAUACACCAUGGGGAAUGAAAGAAAAAGAAAAAGUGACGAAAAAAGCCUUGCCUUGUCCAUUAUGUCAAGUUCCAAUAACUGUUUCUUGUUUUGGUCAACAUAGAACUGAAACUUUUGCAUGUUCAUCAGCACAUCCAUUCUGUUGUGGUCAAGUAUGUGGUCGAAUAUUAAAAUGUCGAAAUCAUCUUUGUAGUCGUCCAUGUCAUAUAGUUACAAAUGCAGCAAAUACAACUGAUGCGGGUGCUGAAUGUAUUCAAUGUGAAGAAAUGUGUACAAAAGAACGACCAGUAGGUUGUCAACAUUCUUGUCCAUUAGCAUGCCAUCCAAAUAAUUGUCCACCAUGUAAACAACGUCUUCGUAUGAGAUGCCAUUGUAAUACAGAAGUAAUUUAUAGUAAUUGUCAAACAUUUACAACUGCAACUGAGACGGAAAAAGAAAAAAUCAAAUCAUGUGGCAAACCAUGUACGAAAAAGCUUACUUGUGGUCAUUCAUGUGCUUACUCAUGUCAUUCUGGCCCAUGUUUACCUAUCAAUAAUUGUGUACAAGCAGUUCAAGUUCGUUGUGUAUGCAAACGUAUCAAUCAAGAAUUACCAUGUCAUGAGAUAAAUACAAUUAAAAAUUAUCGAUUACCAUGUGAUGAAUUAUGUGCUGAAUUAAAAAAGAAUCGAAUGGCUUCAGCAUCCAAUUCUCCUGUUAUUCAAACACCAGUUGAAGAGAUAAAACCAUCUGCAGUUGAAAUUGAUAGUCCAUUAGUAAAACGAAAGAAUCGAAAAACUCCUAAUAUUGAAACAAUAUCAACAACAACGACUAAUACUCCAACUUCAUCAACAAAAAAACCUCGACCACGUCGUUUUGUUUGGACAUUAAAUAAAGUUAUUAUUUUAUUUGGGCUUUUUAGUUUGAUAACAGUAUCAUUAAUUAUUUAUAUGUUUAAACAGAUUGCUUAA